AUGUACGGAAAAUCACCAAUCAUCAAGCCGGAAACCUCGCUUCGUGGACGCAUGCUCGAUCUGGGUAAUGUCGACUGUCAAGCCCCACACGUCAAUCUAGCACAACUCUCAUUCCCUGUCCCCCUCAAUCUCCGGCACACAGGGAGCACUAACCGCGAGACUCUCGACGUCCACUAA